GCGGCGGCGGCGCCCCCCCCUCCCGGCCCCCCGUCCGGCCGCCCCGGACUCGGCUCCCGCGGGGGACACCAUGUACUGGCUGGCGGCGCAGGGAGGCCGGCGCCCGGCGGGGAUGUUGGGUUAACGGCAUGGAGAACAGUCACCCCCCCCACCACCACCACCAGCAGCCCCCGCCGCAGCCCGGCCCUUCGGGCGAGAGGAGGAACCACCAUUGGAGAAGUUACAAGUUGAUGAUUGACCCGGCUCUGAAAAAGGGGCAUCAUAAACUGUACCGCUACGAUGGGCAGCAUUUCAGCCUGGCGAUGUCCAGCAACCGCCCGGUGGAAAUUGUCGAAGAUCCCCGGGUUGUCGGGAUCUGGACCAAAAACAAGGAGCUGGAGCUGUCGGUGCCCAAAUUCAAGAUCGAUGAGUUCUACGUGGGCCCGGUGCCUCCGAAGCAGGUGACAUUUGCCAAGCUGAAUGAUAACAUCCGUGAAAACUUCCUGAGGGACAUGUGUAAGAAGUAUGGGGAGGUGGAGGAGGUGGAGAUUUUGUACAACCCCAAGACCAAGAAGCACCUGGGCAUCGCCAAGGUGGUCUUUGCCACGGUCAGGGGAGCCAAGGAGGCGGUCCAACACUUGCACAGCACUUCGGUCAUGGGUAACAUCAUCCACGUGGAGCUGGACACCAAAGGGGAAACCCGCAUGCGGUUCUACGAACUGUUGGUCACCGGCCGAUACACCCCCCAGACCCUCCCAGUGGGUGAGCUGGAUGCUGUCUCUCCAAUUGUGAAUGAAACCCUACAGCUGUCAGAUGCCCUGAAGCGCCUCAAGGAUGGUGGCCUGUCUGCAGGCUGUGGCUCUGGCUCCUCCUCUGUCACCCCCAAUAGCGGUGGGACACCCUUCUCCCAGGACACAGCUUAUUCCAGCUGCCGCCUGGACACACCCAACUCCUAUGGACAGGGCACCCCACUCACGCCGCGCCUGGGCACCCCCUUCUCGCAGGACUCCAGCUACUCCAGCCGCCAGCCCACACCCUCCUACCUCUUCAGCCAGGACCCUGCAGCAACCUUCAAGGCCCGGCGCCACGAGAGCAAGUUCACAGAUGCCUACAACCGCCGUCAUGAGCAUCAUUAUGUCCACAAUUCUGUGGUCACUUCAGUGGCCGGGGCAGCAGCCACCUUCCGGGGCUCCUCGGACCUCCCAUUUGGGGCAGUCGGCAGCAGUGGGGCCAGCAGUGGUCCUCCCUUCAAAGCUCAACCACAGGAUUCGGCCACAUUUGCCCACACUCCACCGCCUGCCCAAGCAACCCCUGCCCCUGGAUUCAAGUCAGCUUUCUCUCCAUAUCAGACCCCAGCACCCCCUUUCCCCCCACCACCCGAGGAGCCCACUGCCACAGCUGCCUUUGGGGCCCGUGACAGUGGGGAGUUCCGGAGGGCACCUGCACCCCCACCCCUGCCACCCGCUGAGCCUCUGGCCAAGGAAAAGCCCGGCACACCCCCCGGCCCACCCCCCCCUGACACCAACAGCAUGGAGUUGGGAGGCCGGCCAACCUUCGGCUGGAGUCCUGAGCCCUGCGACAGCCCAGGUACACCCACGCUGGAGUCGUCACCUGCAGGGCCAGAAAAGCCCCACGACAGCCUGGACUCUCGCAUUGAGAUGCUGCUGAAAGAGCAGCGCACCAAGUUGCCCUUCUUGCGGGAGCAGGACUCAGACACUGAGCUGCAGAUGGAGGGCAGCCCUAUCUCCUCCUCCUCCUCCCAGCUCUCCCCAUUGGCCCCCUUCAGCACUAACUCCCAGCUGGGCUUCCGUGGCCCCACACCACCCUCCUCGCGCCCCUCCAGCACUGGCCUAGAGGACAUCAGCCCUACGCCACUACCUGACUCUGACGAGGACGAUGAGCUUGACCUGGACCUGGGGCCACGGCCCCCACCUGAGCCAGGUCCCUCAGACCCCACUGGUCUUCUGGGCCAGACAGCUGAGGUGGCCUUGGACCUGGCCAGAGACAGGACCCCGACCUCAGAGAAGAUGGAUGAGGGCCAGCAGUCCUCAGGCGAGGAUAUGGAGAUCUCAGACGAUGAGAUGCCCUCGGCCCCCAUCACCAGCGCUGACUGCCCCAAGCCCAUGGUGGUGACUCCAGGGGCAGCGGCUGUGGCAGCCCCCUCUGUGCUGGCCCCAACUCUGCCGCUGCCCCCACCACCCGGCUUUCCACCACUCCCCCCGCCACCCCCCCCACCCCCCCCACAGCCUGGCUUCCCCAUGCCCCCACCUCUGCCCCCACCCCCACCCCCACCACCUCCAGCCCACCCUGCCGUGACAGUGCCCCCACCACCUCUGCCGGCGCCACCCGGUGUCCCACCCCCACCCAUCUUGCCGCCAUUGCCACCCUUCCCGCCGGGGCUGUUUCCUGUGAUGCAGGUGGACAUGAGCCACGUGCUGGGCGGCCAGUGGGGCAGCAUGCCCAUGUCCUUCCAGAUGCAAACGCAGAUGCUGAGCCGUCUGAUGACGGGACAGGGCGCUUGCCCCUACCCACCCUUCAUGGCUGCCGCAGCUGCCGCCGCUUCGGCCGGGCUGCAGUUUGUCAACCUGCCACCCUACCGGAGUCCCUUCUCCCUGAGCAAUACUGGCCCAAGCCGUGGGCAGCACUGGCCUCCCCUGCCCAAGUUUGACCCAUCGGUGCCACCACCAGGCUAUGUACCACGUCAAGAGGACCCACACAAGGCCACAGUGGACGGCGUCCUGCUGGUGGUGCUCAAAGAGCUUAAGGCCAUCAUGAAGCGUGACCUGAACCGCAAGAUGGUGGAGGUGGUGGCCUUUCGGGCCUUCGACGAGUGGUGGGACAAGAAGGAGCGGAUGGCCAAGGCCUCGCUGACCCCUGUGAAGUCGGGCGAGCACAAGGAUGAGGACAGGCCGAAGCCAAAGGACCGCAUCGCCUCAUGCCUGCUGGAGUCGUGGGGAAAGGGCGAGGGCCUGGGCUACGAGGGUCUGGGCCUGGGCAUUGGGCUGCGUGGGGCCAUUCGCCUGCCUUCCUUCAAGGUCAAGAGGAAAGAGCCACCAGAUGCUGCCUCCUCUGGUGACCAGAAGCGGCUGCGGCCCUCAACCUCUGUGGAUGAGGAAGAUGAAGAGUCUGAGCGGGAGCGGGACCGGGACAUGGCGGAUGCCCCCAGCGAGCUUGCCAAACGGGACCCCAAGGGUGUGGGUAUGCGGCGACGGCCUGCGCGGCCACUGGAGCUGGACAGUGGUGGGGAGGAGGACGAGAAGGAGUCUUUGUCUGUGUCCUCGUCCUCAUCAGCGUCCUCGUCCUCGGGGUCCUCAACCACCUCACCCUCAUCCUCGGCAUCCGACAAGGAGGAGGAGCAGAAUAGCACUGAGGAGGAAGAGGAGGAGGAGGAGGAGGAAGAGGUGGACGAGGAAGAGGAGGAGGGGGGCCCCAGGAGCCAGGUCUCCUCGUCCUCGACCUCAUCCACAUCAGACAAGGAUGACGAUGACGAAGACAGUGAUGGGUCUGAGGAUGAUGGCGGAGAUGCAGUCCUGUCAGAGGAGAGCGAGGAGGAGGAAGGGGGCUCGGGUGGAGAGGAGACACUGAGCAUUGCAACCUCCAAGGCUGAAGCCGAGUCAUCCAGUGAGAGUUCCGAGUCUUCUGAGUUUGAGUCAAGCUCUGAGUUGGAGUCUGAGUCCUCGGAGGAGGAAGAGGCAGUGGCUGCAGGGGAGCAGGAGGAGGACGAGGCCGCAGAGCAGGAGGCAGCGGCGGUGGCAGAUGAGAGCAUGGCUCCUGCAGGCCCUGAGGACUUGGAGGAGGAUGGGGAGGAAGCCUCCCAGGCCCUGGGGGCACCUGUGAUGGAGUCCUUGGGCACGGAAGAGGAGGUGGACAUUGAGACUGAGGACAAAGCCCCUGAGGAGCGGAUCUCCGUGCAGGAGGAGCCUCCCUUGCCUGUGGGUGUGGAGGAGGUGGUGGGCUGCAAGGAGCCCCCCAAGAAGCCUGGCCUGAACCAGGAAGGGGCCACGUCUGUGUCCCCAGAGCCCCCUGCGGGAGAGAUGGAGGCCCGGCCCCCAUCAUCCCCUGAGCAUGCUCCAGAAGACGACCUGGAAGUGGAGCCCGAACCUCCUACAAUGCUGUCCUUACCCCUGCAGCCACCAUUGCCACCACCCCGGCCACCCCGACCACCUAGCCCACCACCAGAGCCUGAGACCUCCGAACCCCCACACCCGCCCAUCCCUCUGGAGCCUCCACCCGAGGACCAGCCCCCGCGUACUCCAGGUCUCUGUGGCAGCCUGGCCAAGUCGCAGAGCACAGAAACAGUACCGGCCACACCCAGUGGGGAGCCCCCACUGUCAGGGGGCAGCAGCGGCCUGUCAAUGAGCUCCCCACAGGUGCCCGGCAGCCCCUUCUCCUACCCAUCCCAGUCCCCUGGCUUGAGCAGCGGAGGCCUACCACGGACACCUGGCCGGGACUUUAGCUUCACACCCACCUUUCCUGAGCCUGGUGGUCCCCUGCUCCUGCCUGUCUGCCCCCUCCCAGCUGGCCGGCGAGAUGAGCGCUCUGGCCCCCUGGCCUCCCCAGUGCUCCUGGAGACAGGCCUGCCCCUCCCUCUGCCCCUACCCCUACCCCUGCCCCUGGCAUUGCCUGUGCCCGUCCUGCGGGCCCCGGCUAGGGCCCCCGCCCAGCUACCACCCCUGCUGCCUGCACCCCUGGCCCCCUGCCCACCCCCCAUCAAGAGGAAGCCGGGCCGGCCCCGGCGAUCCCCGCCAUCCAUGCUCUCCUUGGAUGGGCCCUUGGUCCGGCCGCCAGUGGGGGCCACACUUGGAAGGGACCUCCUGCUCCUGCCAGGCCAGCCACAGACCCCAAUCUUCCCCAGCACCCAUGACCCACGGGCCGUGACCUUGGACUUCCGGAACGCAGGGAUCCCGGCCCCCCCACCGCCCCUUCCUCCCCAGCCACCUCCACCCCCUCCUCCACCACCUCUUGAGCCAACCAAGCUGCCCUUUAAGGAGCUAGACAACCAGUGGCCCUCCGAGGCCAUCCCUCCAGGCCCCCGUGGGCGUGACGAUGUUACCGAGGAGUACAUGGAGCUGGCCAAGGCACGUGGGCCAUGGCGCCGGCCACUGAAGAAGCGCCAUGAGGAUCUGGUGGCCACCUCAGUCUCGCCUGAGCUCUCCCCACCCCAGCCCCUCUUCCGGCCCCGCUCAGAGUUUGAGGAGAUGACCAUCCUGUAUGACAUCUGGAACGGUGGCAUCGAUGAGGAGGACAUCCGCUUCCUGUGCGUCACCUAUGAGCGACUGCUGCAGCAGGACAAUGGCAUGGACUGGCUCAACGACACACUCUGGGUGUACCAUCCCUCCACCAGCCUCUCUUCAGCUAAGAAAAAGAAACGGGAUGAUGGUAUCCGUGAACAUGUGACGGGCUGUGCCCGCAGUGAGGGCUUCUACACCAUUGACAAGAAGGACAAGCUCAGAUACCUCAACAGCAGCCGUGCCAGCACUGACGAGCCCCCCACAGACACCCAGGGCAUGAGCAUCCCGGCACAGCCCCACGCCUCCACGCGGGCGGGCUCAGAGCGGCGUUCAGAGCAGCGCCGCCUGCUGUCCUCCUUCACCGGCAGCUGUGACAGCGAUCUGCUCAAGUUCAACCAGCUCAAGUUCCGGAAGAAAAAGCUCAAAUUCUGCAAGAGCCACAUUCACGACUGGGGCCUGUUCGCCAUGGAGCCCAUCGCAGCUGACGAGAUGGUCAUUGAGUACGUGGGUCAGAACAUCCGCCAGGUGAUCGCGGACAUGAGGGAGAAACGAUAUGAGGAUGAGGGUAUCGGUAGCAGCUACAUGUUCCGGGUGGACCAUGACACCAUCAUCGACGCCACCAAGUGUGGCAACUUCGCGCGCUUCAUUAACCACAGCUGCAACCCCAAUUGCUAUGCCAAGGUGAUCACAGUGGAGUCGCAGAAGAAGAUUGUCAUCUACUCGAAGCAGCACAUCAACGUCAACGAGGAGAUCACCUAUGACUACAAGUUUCCCAUUGAGGACGUCAAGAUCCCCUGUCUCUGCGGCUCUGAGAACUGCCGGGGGACCCUCAACUAGGCCCCUGUGCCUGGUGCCAAACACGAAGGAUGUCAGCUGCCACCCUGGGCUCCUGAGCGUGGACCCCAUAGUCCCAGGGCCUGGUCCCACCUCCCACCCCCAUUUCAGGUGCUGUCCCUCCACCUAGCGGCCAUGUCAGAGCCUGAUGUCCCCAACACUACCCUCCAGGACCCACCCAUGGCUCCAGCCCCUCAGCGGGAAAGGGCUUCUCUGUCUUUCAGCCCAUGUCCCUUUUGUUUUUAAAAAAUGCUCUUUUCAGAAUUUUUAUUUAACUCCAACAAAAACUUCUCUCUGUCUUUGUGUGUUUCUAACUCUCUCCAUCUCGCUCUGUCUCUUUUUCUCUUUUCUCUUUUCUCUUUUCUCUUUACCAUCUUUCUCAGCCUCUUCCC